AUGGCGCUCGACCGCAUCGUCAACAUCGUCCUCCGAGCCGCGGAGCUCGUCUUCGCCGCUAUUGUCGCCGGCGUCACGGGCGAGCACCUGCACAACUUCCGCCACGCGUCCAGCUGGUCCCAAGGCCGCUUCAUCUACACCGAGGUCGUGGCCGCGCUGUCCAUCUUCUUCUCGCUGCUGUGGCUCGUGCCCUUUUCGUGGUCCUUUGUGCACUGGCCCGUCGACAUCAUCCUGAGUCUGUGCUGGUGGGCUGCGUUUGGUCUAUUGGUCAAUUUGCUCGGCAACUCGUGUGGCUACAUCUUCGACUGGGACAAUGUCCACCCCAUCUCCGGCGACCAGUGCGGCAAGUUCAAGGCCGACAUUGCCUUUACCUUCCUCUCGGCCCUGCUCUGGCUCGUGUCUGCUCUCCUGGGCAUCUUCUGGGUCAGCAAGCACCGUCCCGCUCGAGUCGAUGCUGCUCCGCGCCAGAGCAGUGGCCGCUGGUACCGCCGCCGCAGCCGUGUCUAA